AUGGCAAAGAUGGAGGAUGGGAAAGUAGUUGAGAACAAGAGAGACAACAUGCAGAAUGAGACGAAGGAGGAAGAGGAGGGAGGGACGAAAGACCUGUCUGCGGAAGAGGUGCGGACCAGGAUAGAAGAGUAUAACGCUCAAGUCAAUGAAAAUGGCAUGAGCCUGGCUUCAGAUGGAUCCUACACAGGUUUCAUUAAGGUCAACAUGAGGCUCAGUCGACCAGUCACAGUCCUUGCUUUGGAGGCAGAGGGUUCAGAGGGAGCUCCAUGUCAGACAGCCGGUACUGAUCUAGCGACGUCUGAGGACAAAAAGGGGACGGACUGCGGGCAGAGUGAAAAGAGAACAUCCUUCUACCUACCAUGCGACUGUGUGAAGCAGAUCCACAUCAGCUCUCUGCACACCACCAGAGAGGUCAUCCAGGGCUUGCUGAAGAAGUUCAUGGUGCUGGACAAUCCCAGCAAAUUUGCAUUGUACAGGCAGACGCACCGCGACGGACAGGAUCUCUUCCAGAAGCUUUCUCUGUGUGAGCAUCCUCUUUUUCUGAGGUUGGUUGCCGGGCCUAAACCAGAGCAACUCAGCUUUGUCCUGAAGGAAAAUGAGACUGGAGACGUGGAGUGGCAUGCGUUCUCUGUCCCUGAGCUACAAAACUUCCUGGUAUUCUUGGAGAAAGAGGAGGCGGACCGCGUGCGGGCAGUGAGGCAAAAAUAUGCCAUGUACCAACAGAAACUACUAAAGGCCCUACAACAACAUGACCCCUGACCCCCUCACCUGUUACCUUAUGACCUCAAUUCAGGGAGAGACUGACGCAGCCGUCUAUUCAGAGACUGGAGCCAGAGCUGAACUUGUGUCCCCCCCACAGAUACAUAAACACACAGUACAUCCACACACACACACACACACACACACAGAUGUGCACACUUUCUCAGGACGUAUACAUCCCCCCACCCCCACCCCCACAAGCACCAUCCACUCCCUGAGGAGAGAAUCGGGGGUUGACAGCAACGUGAGACUCUACAGGGUGUGUGGUCUGCUCGCUGGUCGGAGGUGUAGUGUUUUCAUUGCCAAGGACACAAACAGAAAGAUCCAAACACUUUCUGUGUGUGAGACUUGAGAUUUCAUUUGGGACUGAUGUGAAUCAAUGGCGUUUUUCAAGACUCCAUCUCCUUGUGCUACUGCUGCUGCUGCUGCUACUGCAAGUGUUACUUAUGCAUGAGUCUCUCAGCUCAUCCCCUCUGCACAUAGUUAGAAUAGAAACAGAAGGCAUGAUUACUUUUUGCUGCAUCUCUGUGGGAUGGAAGGACAAUCAUACUGUGUGGUUCUCUUUUUUAUCAGAGCUGGUGUGAAUAUGGUUCUCACAGGAUGUUUUAUUGGAAUAUGUGUGAAUUUGUGAGGGAGGUGUUUACGGUGAAGUGCUUGCCAAGGAGCCCAUUGACUAUCGAAUGAUGAGUGAUGAAUUAAGGCCUGGUUACACAUACGCACAUAAUGUGAACAUCGCGGCUCAAAGUUCACUAAAGUUUAACUCCAUGCAAAGUCACACUUAUCAGAUUUGCUUCCUGUGGUGAAGCAAAUCUGAUUCACCACAGGAAGCAAAUGUUUUAUUCACCUAUUGAAAGCAAAUGGAAUAUUCGCCACUGAAACAUUUGCAUGUGUGACCGCUCUUAGCUUCUGGGGGCAACGGACAAUAUUUUGGGCCUUCUGGUGUAAACAGCAGAUAUUUGGGCCAAGGGGCCGUCUUCUGUUCACUGAACACUGUUUACAGUCCAACAAUUUUCUUUUAUCACACAUCGAAAGUUUCUGCUCACAAAACACAAACAGUGAUACAUUUAAGCUGAUCUCUAUUAUAAAUUAAAAAGCAGAGCGCCGACACAUUUCGGUCAGUGUCUUCCGCUCUUUUGCUCGUCACAUGGACUGUGGGCAAUGAAAGCCUGAUCAAAUGUGAUUGGUCAAACUAGAGACAGAGACCAAAUGGCUUCCAGACCCAAAAUCUUGUCCCUCGCCCACGGAUUCUGCAUAUUCACAUGUAGAAUCUGUUUAUAGAGAUUAGGUUCUGGCUACCAGUGCUUCACCUUAAACAAAGGGAAGGAAUCAGACAGCUGUGUUUGUUUUCAAGGCUUAGAACAAGAAGGAAUGGAAGGAUAAGAAAGUGAGAUCCAUUCUCUCAGGGAGCGUGUGUAGAGCAAAGGGAAAACAGCAGGAAAGAGAAGCCUCUUCCCUACACAACUGUUCUUCAGUUCUUAUGUGUUCAGUUAAAUGACACGUGAAGGACCUGUGUAUGAAGAGGCUGUCGGGUGCUUCACUCGACAGAGAGAUCUUCAGUCACACUCAGUUACCACCUUUCUCCUCGCUCCUUCAAACAGGCACAUGAUCCUAACCUCUUCUUGGAAGAUAAACUGUGACUUCAUUUUCCCUGUCUGAUUCUUGAUCUAACCCACCUUGCAUGAACUCCACCUGCAAAUACAGGGAGAAGACAAUUUCCAGAUUUUACACUUUGCAUUCAACACUAUGGGAUAUGGGUUGUAUUUGAAUGUGAGAUGAUUUUUUUUACACCAAAGUUUAGAGGGACAGAUCUAUUGAGAGAAUUUUAAAGGGAACAGAGACAUUUGGAAGUUUAUUGAUUAAAGUUAGUGUAUGUUGAAAUGAAACCCGCUUCUGUUUUGCACAUGUUGAUACAGGUCACUGAAUGGCCCACAACUCUGGGGCUGGGCAUGCAUUUCUGUUUUUCCUUUUCUUUUUAUCUUCCCACCUUCCACCCCAAAAAAAA